UCCCUCGCUCGCAUCCGAGCCGAGCCGGCACACCCGGCUGGGCCCCCUACCUUCUCCGGGCCAUGGCCGGCAACGUGAAAAAGAGCUCUGGGGCCGGGGGCAGCGGCGGCUCCGGGGGCUCGGGCUCGGGCGGCCUGAUCGGGCUCAUGAAGGACGCCUUCCAGCCGCACCACCACCACCACCACCUCAGCCCCCAUCCGCCGGGGACCGUGGACAAGAAGAUGGUGGAGAAGUGCUGGAAGCUCAUGGACAAGGUGGUGCGGUUGUGUCAGAACCCAAAGCUGGCGCUAAAGAAUAGCCCACCUUAUAUCUUAGACCUGCUGCCAGAUACCUACCAGCAUCUCCGUACUAUCUUGUCAAGAUAUGAGGGGAAGAUGGAAACUCUUGGAGAAAAUGAGUAUUUUAGGGUGUUCAUGGAGAAUUUGAUGAAGAAAACUAAGCAGACCAUAAGCCUCUUCAAGGAGGGGAAAGAAAGAAUGUAUGAGGAGAAUUCUCAGCCUAGGCGAAACCUAACCAAACUGUCCCUGAUCUUCAGCCAUAUGCUGGCAGAACUAAAAGGAAUCUUUCCAAGUGGACUCUUUCAAGGAGACACAUUUCGGAUUACUAAAGCAGAUGCUGCUGAGUUUUGGAGGAAAGCUUUUGGGGAAAAGACAAUAGUCCCUUGGAAGAGCUUUCGACAGGCCCUACAUGAAGUACAUCCCAUCAGUUCUGGGCUAGAGGCCAUGGCUCUGAAAUCCACUAUUGAUUUAACCUGCAAUGAUUAUAUUUCAGUGUUUGAAUUUGACAUCUUUACACGACUCUUUCAGCCCUGGUCCUCUUUGCUCAGGAACUGGAACAGUCUUGCUGUAACUCAUCCUGGAUAUAUGGCUUUCUUGACAUAUGAUGAAGUAAAAGCUCGCCUCCAGAAAUUCAUUCACAAACCUGGCAGUUACAUUUUCCGGCUGAGCUGUACUCGUCUGGGUCAGUGGGCUAUUGGUUAUGUCACUGCUGAUGGGAACAUUCUCCAGACAAUCCCUCACAAUAAACCUCUCUUCCAAGCACUGAUUGAUGGCUUCAGGGAAGGAUUCUAUUUGUUUCCUGAUGGACGAAAUCAGAAUCCUGACCUGACAGGCUUAUGUGAACCAACUCCCCAAGACCACAUCAAAGUGACCCAGGAACAAUAUGAAUUAUACUGUGAGAUGGGUUCCACAUUCCAACUGUGUAAAAUAUGUGCUGAAAAUGACAAGGAUGUAAAGAUUGAGCCCUGUGGCCACCUCAUGUGCACAUCCUGUCUUACAUCCUGGCAGGAAUCAGAAGGCCAGGGUUGUCCUUUCUGCCGAUGUGAAAUUAAAGGUACUGAACCCAUUGUGGUAGAUCCGUUUGAUCCCAGAGGAAGUGGCAGCCUGUUGAGGCAAGGAGCAGAGGGAGCUCCCUCUCCAAAUUAUGAUGAUGAUGACGAUGAACGAGCUGAUGAUUCUCUCUUCAUGAUGAAGGAAUUGGCAGGUGCUAAGGUGGAACGACCUCCUUCUCCAUUCUCCAUGGCCCCACAAGCUUCCCUCCCCCCAGUGCCACCACGACUUGAUCUUCUGCAACAGCGAGUGUCUAUUCCUUCAAGUGCUUCUGGUCCUGGAACUGGUUCAAAGGCUGCUUCUGGCUCUCUCCAUAAGGACAAACCAUUACCAAUACCUCCCACACUUCGAGAUCUUCCACCACCACCCCCUCCAGACCGGCCUUAUUCAGUUGGAGCAGAAACCCGACCUCAGAGACGCCCUCUGCCUUGUACCCCAGGCGAUUGUCCAACCAGGGAUAAACUGCCCCCUGUCCCCUCUAGCCGCCCUGGGGAAUCAUGGCUGCCCCGACCAAUUCCCAAAGUACCAGUAGCUUCCCCAAGCCCUAGUGACCCCUGGACAGGAAGAGAAUUAACCAACCGACACUCACUUCCAUUUUCAUUGCCCUCACAAUCGGAACCCAAACCAGAUGUGCCUAGGCUUGGAAGCACAUUCAGUCUAGAUACCCCCAUGAAUAUGAAUAGCAGUCCAUUACUAGGUCCAGAGUGUGAGCACCCCAAAAUCAAACCUUCCUCAUCGGCCAAUGCCAUUUAUUCUCUUGCAUCCAGACCUCUUCCUGUGCCAAAGCUGCCCCCUGGGGAGCAGUGUGAAAACGAGGAGGACACGGAGUAUAUGACCCCCUCCUCGAGGCCUCUGGAGACAGCCCAGAGUUCCCGAGCGAGUGACUGUGACCAGCAGGUUGAUAGCUGUACGUACGAGGCCAUGUAUAAUAUCCAGUCCCAGGCAGCAUCCGUCACAGAGAGCAGUACUUUUGGUGAAGGGAAUUUGGCUGCAGCUCAUGCCAACACUGGCCCUGAGGAGUCAGAAAAUGAGGACGAUGGGUAUGAUGUCCCUAAGCCUCCUGUGCCGGUAGUGCUGGCUCGCCGGACUCUCUCAGAUAUCUCUAAUGCAAGCUCUGCCUUUGGCUGGCUCUCUUUGGAUGGUGAUCCCACAACCAACUUGACAGAAGGCUCCCAAGUUCCUGAGCGGCCCCCCAAACCGUUCCCUCGAAGAAUCAACUCCGAACGCAAAGCCGGUAGCUGCCAGCAGGGCGGAGGUGCUACCGCUGCUGCCUCCUCACCUCAGCUCUCCAGUGAAAUUGAGAACCUCUUGAGUCAGGGUUACUCCUACCAAGACAUUCAGAAAGCUUUGGUCAUUGCCCACAACAACAUUGAAAUGGCCAAAAAUAUCCUCCGGGAAUUUGUUUCCAUUUCUUCUCCUGCCCAUGUAGCCACCUAG